UCACCCUUAGUAGUCACUACUCACAGUGGCCUCAAGCCCUGCAGGCAUGUACAGCAGGCAGCUCGCAUCCUGUGUUGCACUGGCGCUAGUACUCCUUGCCAACAGUGCACCCACUUCAAGCCCUGCCAAGGAGGCACAGCAGUACCUGGAGCAGUUGCUGCUGGACUUACAGCAGCUCCUGAGAGGGAUCAACAAUUACAAGAAUCCGAAACUCCCCAUGCUGCUCACGUUUAAAUUUUACAUGCCGAGGAAGGCCACAGAACUGAAGCAUCUUCAGUGCUUGGAAGAAGAACUUGGACCUCUGCAUGAUGUGCUAAAUUUGGUUCAAAGCAAAAACCUUUACUUGGAAGAUGCUGGGAAUUUCAUCAGCAAUAUCAGAGUAACUGUUAUGAAACUAAAGGGCUCAGAAAACACACUCAACUGCGAAUUUGAUGAUGAAACAGUGACUGUGGUGGAAUUCCUGAGCAGAUGGAUAACCUUCUGUCAAAGUGCCAUCUCAACAAUGACUCAAUAACCGCGUGCCUCCUGCUUACAACACACAAGGCUUUCUAUUUAUUUAAAUAUUUAACGUUAUAUUUAUUUUUGGAUGUAUUGUUUACUAUCUUUUGUUACUACUAGUAUUCAGACGAUAAAUAUGGAUCUUUAGAGAUUCUUUUUUGUAAGCCCCAAGGGCUCUAAAAUGUUUUAAAUUAUUUAUCUGAAAUUAUUUAUUAUAUUGACUUGUUAAAUAUCAUGUCUAUAUAGAUUCAUUAAUAAAAAUAUUCAGAACUAU